AUGGAUGACAGCAGCAGCCAAGACAACGGCCACCAACGUGGUGGCAGUGUUGAAGGUGAUCACGCGGAGCCGCGGGCGAAGAAGGGCAAGUACCACAAUUGGACGAUGCAGCAGACACAGUCGUUGCUGAGCAUGAUCAUGAAGCGAGACAUUCAUGUCAUGACGCGUGCGCGGGGGGUGGCUGCGUUGUGGCAAGAGGUUGUGGAUGAAUUCAAUGACACAUUCAAGUGUCAUCUCACCAAGCCGAGCAUUCAAAGUCAUUAUCGCAGUACCAUCAAGAGUGUCGUGGAAGAGGACAAGCAGCAACCACAAACAGGAAAAGCAUCUGCAUCAAGCCUCGCUGUGUCUGAGGAAGGGCGUGCGAAGCAGAGGGCGAGGGAUCAAGUCCUGGGACAGGAUUUUCGUGACGGGGAUCUCUGGGCGGAGAUGGAAAAGCGAAACUCGUCGUUUGAGGACGCGGAAGCGAACAGAAUGAAUCAGCCCAUCCCCUCAGAACCGGACCACAGCCAGACGCUAGCCCGAAUGGCGGCCGCACGAGAGGGAGAGAUGAAGGCUGAAGUAGCUCGAGUGAAGCACGAAGAGGAGUACCACACCAGGAGACUCGCCAUCGAAGAAGAAACAUUAAGCAUCAAGCGUGAGAAGGUAAGGCUCGAGCGCGAGAGAGUGGAGAUCGAGAGAGCGAGGCUGGGAAUGAUGGCCGAGGAGCUUGCUCUCCGUAGAGACGAGUUGCAGGAGAGGAAGAAGAUGAGAGAGUCAAAUGACACGGUAUUGUGA